AACGUACCAUUCUUUCUAUUUCAUAUUGUAUUUUGUCAAAUAAUUAUGAAUAAACCUUUAAUCCCAAGUUCCUCAAGACAUAUAUUAUACAAACUAUGUACUGUUUAAUUUGUUGAUCUUCUGACUAGGUAAGUAUCUAUUGUGGAUCAAAAUUUUGAGAGCGAAAUGAGUAUAUAUCCUAGAUUUGGUGGCUUGAUCAAUCAGAACAUUGAACAGCCUCCAAAGGGCGAGUCCGAGAGAUCUGAGAAUGUUGAGUCUAACUCGGAGUCAGAAAUGGAUACUAAUAGUACCGAAGAUGAGGAGAUUAAGCAACUAAAUCUUUGGAGUAACGCAGAGAAGAAACAUCCAUGGUACGAUCCUCCUCCAAAGGUGAAGGUGACAAUGAAAAGGGGUAUUUGCCAUAUGAACAUAGAACUGACAUUGGGAGUGCCUCCUGAUGGAGCUUACGAACUUUUCAUUAAUCCAACGAACAUACCAUUCUUUGUGAUAGACAAGUUUAGGCGCCAACUUCUGGAAAACAAAUCAAGAAAGGUUUUGAAGAAAGAUGGACAGAUAGUGAAGGUCGAGAAAGCUGUGGCGUGGGACUUUUUUUGGUGGUCGGGAGCUCUCCCCAUAAGUUUAAUUGUCGACGAAAACAAAAAAGAUCGUAAAGCAAAAUAUAAGAAGCAGAAAAUGAUGUUCAUGAAAGUGUUCGAAGGUAGCUGGAAAAUAGAACCACUGUAUGUAGAUGCAGCACGUUUGUGUAAGCAAAUGAAACCGAAAAAUCAAGAAGAAUACAAAAAAUGUAGUGGCGGACAAGGAAAGAUUGCAUCGAAAGUUACAAUGGACCAAUAUUUUCAGCCAUAUUUUCCUUUCAAUAUUCCGCCGCUUUCUUCGUACAUUCGUGAGAUCACCAUCAAGACCACCAAAACUCUGCUCAAAAUGCUUCAAGAGAGGGCUACCAUACUGCGAGAGAUGCCGUAUUCUUAGGAAGAACUCAAUGCUCUUUAUAUAUUCUAGCACAUUCCAUUUUCUUUCAUUUUCCAUGCCAUGCAUUGUGACAUGCGUUGCAUGCGGGUCGAAUAAAGAUUACCUAAUUUCUCACUAAUUAUGUGUCUUUUAAUAUUUCAUAUAUAUCAUACUAGAAGUAGACUCGCGCGA